UGUCGAUUAUUGCAGUUUUUUGCACAGUGAAGAGAAAAGAUAAAGGAAAACUUAAAUUAAAAAGCGAGAAAGAGAGACAAACAGCAGAGAAAAGCCGGAGAAGCAGAUAGAGAGAGAGAUAGUACCCUUCUUUCUCUGCUUUUCUAGUUCUCUUAUCUUCUUACUUUCUUCGGCUCUCUGUGGAUCAACAGAGUAGCAGAGCUUGUUCAUUGGUGUGGAAGAUGGUUAAACCCAAUGAGAAAGAGAAGAAGAUGGUUCUGGGUGUGGUGUGGAACUGUGCGACAGAGCUUAAGCUUCUCUUAACGGCUCUUUUGAUUCUAGCUGGCAUUGCCACUCUGAUCCAAGUCUUGCCUUCUUCCCCUUUCACCAUUACUACUUCUGAUCUCCGUCUCUGUAUUUCCAGAAUCUCGUCUCCCAUCCCUGCCGUUGCCCCUCCAAACAUCUCCCAAACCCCACCACUAUCCGAGCCGCCCCUCUUGCAACCGUUGCCAACUCCGUCACCAAUUCCGUCGCCACCGUCUGUUGAAAGAGAUCAGGUUCUCGAGAACGGAAUCUUAAAGCGAGCCUUCAAUGGGUACGGUUCGGCCGCCUACAAUUUUAUCACCAUGGGAGCUUACAGAGGCGGACUCAACACUUUUGCCGUUGUGGGUCUCUCCUCCAAGCCUAUCCAUGUGUACAGCAGACCCAGUUACCAAUGCGAGUGGGUCUCUGGCUCCAAUUCUUCCUCCUCUGUCACCACUAUUGGUAAGAAGUUCCUUACAGAUUGGGGGUAUGGUCGUGUCUACACCGUUGUUGUUGUGAACUGCACUUUUGAGCAGCAAAUCAACGGGGACAACUCCGGUGGGAAGCUUAUUCUCCACGCCUCCACUUCCGGAGGCGGAGACACCAAGUUUAACCUCACCGACAGAUUUGAAGUUCUUGAAGAAGCACCCGGUGGCCUAGACGUGUCGAUUUUUACAUCCACGCCGAAGUACGAUUACUUUUAUUGUGGAUCGUCUUUGUAUGGCAAUUUGAGCCCUCAGAGAGUGAGGGAGUGGAUAGUGUACCACGUGAGGCUGUUCGGUGCGAAAUCCCACUUCGUAAUACACGACGCCGGAGGGAUUCACGAGGAAGUUAUGGAGGUGUUGAAGCCAUGGAUGGAGCUGGGGUAUGUCACUGUGCAGGAUAUAAGGGAACAGGAGAGGUUUGAUGGGUAUUAUCACAAUCAAUUCAUGGUGGUGAACGAUUGUUUACACAGAUACAGAUUUAUGGCGAAGUGGAUGUUCUUCUUUGAUGUUGAUGAGUAUAUUUAUAUACCGAAGAAUACCCUCAAGUCGGUGCUCGAUUCUCUGUCGGAGUAUUCUCAAUUCACCAUUGAACAGAUGCCCAUGAACAGCAAGCUCUGCCUCACUGCUGAUAACCACAAAUUGCACAGGAAAUGGGGAUUUGAGAAGCUUGUAUAUAGAGAUGUGAAGAAAGGCAUUAGAAGGGAUCGCAAAUACGCAAUUCAACCUCGCAGUGUCUUUGCCACUGGAGUGCACAUGUCACAGAACCUAGAUGGCAAGACAACACACCAGACAGAGAGCAAAAUCAAAUAUUACCAUUACCAUGGAACCAUUGCACAAAGGCGUGAGCCAUGCCGGAACCUGUUGAAUGUGACAGAGCUAGAGUUUGAAAGGAACCCCUAUGUUCUGGACACCACAUUGAGGGAUAUUUCCUGGGGUAUCAAGAAAUUUGAGGGCAAAAUGAUUGGAUCUAGAUUACAGAAUACCCGGCAAUGACUCCGGCCACUCCGGGCUCACACUUCUCUUUUUUUCCUCUAUUUUUUUUCUCUGAAGUUAUUGAUGAACAGGGGAGCAGAUACAUUUGGGUUAUUUUUGUAUGAUAGUUUUUCUUCUUUCUUCUUCUAUGUGAUAUAUUAUAUGAUGAUGCUUUUAGAGAAAUAUGGGAGGUGUUGCAUUCAUUCUUGUUCUAUACAUAAAUAUUAAUCUUUCAUGUAGCAUUGAAGUUGAUAGCUU